AACAGGAACAGAAAGUGAAGAGUUGUCAAGACGUCUGGGUGAGGGGGACCAGAGCAGAGAAGAAGCCGGAUGCCAAAACAGAACCAGCAGAAGUUUCAACAGCUGACUGGAUUAGACAGAGGGAGACUUGACCUGCCGCUGCUAAAAAAAGGCCUAAAGGGCACACCCAAACUGAACUGGAUUAAACUAAACCAAGAGGCAAGGGGCAAAAGGACAGAACAGGACUCUGGAGGACAGAGCACGAAAAAUGUCAGUGGAAUGCCAAGCGACAUAAACAAACUUGGCUCUAUUGAGGCUUUGGGUUUUUUCCUCCUGCGUCAAGAUAAGAAUCAUCAUAAAAGAGUGAUUUCAAAGAAAAUCCUUCCAUAAACAAAGGAGCUUUUGGUCUUGUGGAUUUGUUUAAAAUGUGCUCUGGCCUUGUGACUGCCCAAUGGACAUCUUAAGGAAGGAUGCAUAUUUCAUGUUCUUGGUGUUUCCGUUUAACAUAAACAAUGCAAGCCUGGGCACAUGUAUGAAUCACACCCGUAUCACAAAGAGCUGUGACUCGGGGCAAACUAUCACAACUCAGAUCGUCUUAAGUCGGAAACAUGAGCACAUUUAAGAGUUUCAUUCAGAAUUGAGUUAAAUGGUGUUUGACAUGACAGCUUUUGGACCCGGUGGAUUUGUUGUAAGUGCUAAACACUGGGAUGGACUGAAAAAUAUAGACAUUGUGAGUUGUUAAAGCUAAAACCGCAAGAGCUUUUAACUUAAAUUAAUAACAUUUCUUAAUUAUUUUGGUGUCAAACACAGUCUACUUUGCAUAUUUACAGUCCUAUAAACUUCACAACUGUGAGAGGGAUUUAUAUAAACUUCACCACUGCCAGACAGACUCAAUUAAACAGAGUCACAGUUUCAUAUCCUAGAGCCAUGGAUGGGAAAGUAGACAGCAUCCAGGAAUUUUUCAACCAGCUCUGGAGCUUUGCUACAGACAAACACAACCAGGGGGUCUAUAACACAGUCUGCCUGGUGGUCCUUUUAACUCUUCCCCUGCUGGUCCUCCUCACCACUGUGGUAGUGUGCUGCCACUGCUGCUGCUGUCGCCAUGCCAACGGCUGCUGUUGCUGCUGCUGUGGAGACUCCAUGGCAACCGCAAGGUCAGAAACGAAAAAGAAAAAAAAUUCGUCCAAUACCGAAGACUUGUGGAUCUCUGUCAAGACGGGGCCGAUGACGCCUGAUCGGGUCGCCCUGGCCAUGGUCUGAGAAUUUAUUUGUAACAGGUCGCUGAUCUUAGACCAGCUGACUCAGAAGAAGUGAUAGACAGAGCAAUUUUGGACUUAAAAAGGAGGCUAAAAUAGGCUGAGAAUAAGGGAAGGACACGUAUGCACAUAUCUGGUUGAUAUAUGUUAACAGUGUACAGAUUUCAUUUUGUAUUCAUAGUGUUGUAUAAGUUUUAUGACAAUGUUUACAACAUUUUGUAUGAUGUAUUAAGUGCACGGUACAUACAGGAAGAUAUAUGCUGACA